GGAUUUUCUGAGGGAAGUAAAAAGAAGAAACAGCAGAACCCCUUUCGUGAAGCUUUUGGGCGCAUUAAGGAUAUGAGAUCCUUUCUUCUUGGAAUUCCCCUUCUUGCACUUACAGCAUCGGUACAAGUUAAUGAGCGCAGUAAACUGAUCAAAGCAUGUGGGAUAAUUCAGCCUGUGAUUGUUGAUGUUUCACCAAACAAAGAAAACAUAACUUAUAAUUUUAUGGCUGUUCUUAAGGAAAAAGAAACAGUCUCUCAUUUAAGGUGGAUUACUGAAAUGGUAAUUAAGAAUGUACCGAUGUACCAUCGAAACAUGUCUGGAAAAUUAAAGAAAGUUGUUAUGUUUAUACGACUAUCUAUAUUGUUGCUGCUAUCUAGACCUAAUUAAGAAUGGUAAAGAUACUCCGCAAACAAUCGUAUUCUGUAAUACGUUCAAUGACAUCUCGGCCGUUUUAAGGUACCUGCUGCUUGUGUUGAAAUAAAAGGCUUUCAUAGAGGAUGACUCUGGAAAGGGAACUUGUCUCCUUGGGGUCUACCAUGCAAAGUCGUGGGAAUCUCAGAAAGUCUGAAUAG